UUUUCACAUUUAUGAAUGCACUAUACUGUCAUGUCAUUCUUAGACAUACACCACUGGACCGUGUCAACAAACUAGCAAGACCAACACACACGGGUGUACAUGAUUGUGGCGACUGGGUAGACUACCCCUAAUAGCGAGUUAUAAGAAUACGGGUCUCCACACCAAUGUCCCUGUCGUCGAUCCUGAAGCAGUAUGACGUCUUCACCUCCACGAAGGAGACGAGUGUCAAGUACUGGAAGGAACUGAUGGAACAGCACAAUGAUUUAGAGGAAAACGUCACCGUCGACGAUCUCAGGAAGUCGCUGCAGCUGCUGAAAAAGGGCGUGGCUCGAGACGACUUCCCGAACGAGAAGUCACAGGCAUGCACCUUCUGUAAGGAAAUCCUCGUCGACAUCGUUAAGCGGAUGAAGAAGUUUGACCCCGACUCGACGGGAGAUGGGGAAGCAGCCCCUUUAUACUCCGACUGCCUCGACUUCGUCGUAGCUAUGCUGGAGACGGGGCCCGGGACGGCGCACCUCGCCUUGGUCGACGAAAUUCGCGUCUCUGAGGGGUACAGGCGCUACUACCAUUGGAAAACGACCCCCGAGACGGUGCGCCCGCUCGUGAGGGCUCUCACCAGGGAGUUUACAUCCAGAGAACCAGGGUUCCACUACAUGAGCUACAGCAAGGCUCUCUGGCGGGGCUUCCACUCCGUCAUCGAUAAGAAGAAACAUCCGUAUGUUUAA